UGUCUUUCCUGCGGGCAACAGAACCGAGAUCAAUGAACCAGGCGAUUUACCGAAACUGGUCGGACGACCCAAGGUGGGAAUAAACCAUCGGUGAAUAGUGAUCAAGAACGACUAUUUUUAUUAAGUCGAAAUCUCCUCUGCUCACAAACGGAUUACUGGCAUUAAAAGUGUGCGAUGUGGAAAAUUUACAGUUCGGUACUGUAACACAAUAUCGACUGCCUGAUUUUGAGAUUUUUUUUAAACAUCGCUGGGUCAGAUAACGCAAGGGAAUACAAGAUGAUCUUUGCAAAUACGGCCAAUCCAGUAAGAACUCCGUAUCGAAAGCAGCCUCCUGUUGCUCCACCCACUCUCCCCAUGGCUCCACCCAGCCCGAGCACCAACAGCAGCACUAACAACAGCAGCAGCAGCAGCAGCACGACUGGCUGGGAGCAACUCAGCAAAACGAACCUUUACAUCCGCGGGUUACCGCCCGGAACCACCGAUCAUGACCUGGUCAAACUCUGCCAGCCAUAUGGUAAAAUCGUGUCCACCAAAGCCAUUCUUGACAAGACUACAAACAAAUGCAAAGGAUAUGGGUUUGUAGAUUUUGACAGUCCUGUAUCAGCGCAAAAAGCCGUUGCAGCACUAAAGACCAGCGGAGUUCAGGCUCAGAUGGCCAAGCAACAGGAGCAGGACCCGACAAACCUGUACCUGUCCAACCUGCCUGUGUCUAUGGAUGAGCAGGAGCUGGAGAACCUCCUCAAACCCUUUGGACAGGUUGUAUCCACCAGAAUCCUCCGCGACACUAACGGAAUGAGCCGGGGAGUGGGCUUUGCCAGGAUGGAGUCUACAGAGAAGUGUGAUGCAGUGAUCGCUCACUUCAACGGAAAGUUCAUUAAAUCCUCUUCUGGAAUGCUAGGUGCUUCAGAGCCACUGCUGUGUAAGUUUGCUGAUGGUGGGCAGAAGAAGAGACAGAGUCAGGCUAAAUACAUCCCCAACGGCAGAACCUGGACGCGAGACACGGAGGUGAGACUAAGUGGAAUGACCUUGACCUAUGACCCUAAUACUGCCCUUCAGAAUGGUGUGUUUCACAGGUACUAUGCUGCUCCUUACCCCAUGGGUAACAGAUUAAUGGCUCAACCAGGAGUGUCAUACCUCUCUCCCAUCUCUACUUACCAGGUACAGAAUCCCUCAUGGAUGCAACAUCAGCCUUACAUCAUGCAGCACCCGGGAGCAGUUCUAUCGCCCUCUAUGGAGCAUCCCAUGUCACUGCAGCCGUCCGCUAUGUUGGCUCCCCUCACCCAGCAGAUGGGCCAUCUCUCUAUGGGUGGCACUGCAACCUUUAUUCCUGCCAACACAGCAAUGCCUGGAGCUUAUAUCCCCCAGUACACCCACAUCCAACCGGCUGCCAUCCCUCCUGAGCAGGAAAGUGGUGUACAGCCACAAGAUGUCUCCUCUUCCGAUCCUUCAUCGUACUCCUUCCAACCCAACAAGCAAUAAAAUGGUUAACUGUCUGAGUUCAGAGCCAGACACAAUCUGCAAAGGGUUACUAUGGUAACAGCUUUUGCUUUCUCUGUGGCAUCAGACAGGAAGUGAUGCUCGUGCAUGGGUUCCAGAAAAUUUGUCCAUGAUUUAAACGACUGAUACAAGCAAUAAACAGGAAAACUCAGAAAACUCUUUUGAAAGUGCAAACAUUUUCUCCACCAAACCAAGACAUGGCAAUAUUACACCAUCUGUGGACAAAGAAGGGGGCAGAGAUUUAUUUUGCUAGGAAGAGGAAGGAGAAGUUGACAAAUGCUUAUUUUUACCAAGCACUAUUUACACAGACCAUGUCUGUGAAUUAUGUAGUGAGUGAACGUGAUGACAUGCAUGACGUUUUUAAAUAUGGUUUUUAUUACGUUUUUACAGACUGUUUCUCAAACAGACAUGAAAAGAUUUUUUGCUGUUGCAGUCAAAAUGAAGAGGUUUCUGUCUGCUUUUGGUCUUCCACUCUUUGCCUUUUUAGCAGUUAAAAUAUUUACCUUUUAGGGUGGGGUUUAGGUUGACUGAUGCAAUGCUUGCUGGCUGUUGGUCCUCCUUACACCUGACUCUAAAAACAAAGACUUAAAUUUUUUUUUCUUCAAAUUUUGCUCUGAAUCAAAGAUGAUUUGUUUCAGGGACUGCGUGUCUUUUGUGAAUGAGUCUUUCUAUUGAAUCCAUGUGUAAAUUGUUUAGGUAGAUAUAGAAGCAAAUGAAGAUCGGGAAGGGCGGGGCUCAGUGGGAGGUGGGCAUGACUGUUUUGGUUAAAGUGGGUGGAGUCAAGCUAGCUGAGGUAUGUGUGGGUGGAUGUGGGUGGGGCUAAUAAAAGGGAUAUUGUGGAUUUGCUGAAAGCUGUUCAUAGGCUGAUAAUGAUUUUCUUUUCGGUGCCAUUUUUUAAAAUGUAUUCUUUGUUUUGUUUCGCUUUUUUUUUUUUUUCUAACAACACAUCAGGAUUUCUCCAAACAAGGCAGAUGUGCAAUGUUUCUAUAGGUAGAAAGAAAGAAAUUUCCAAAUUAAAAAAAUAUUAGUGACUUUUUAUACUUUGCAAGUCAAUUAAAAAAUAUAUGCCUGUAUAUUUUCAGCUCUCUCUGUAAAUUCCUAAAAUAUUGGUAACAGCAUUCAUUAUGUACAUUACAUCUACAUUUGUAUUAUAGCACAGAUUUGCAGAGAAUAUGUUUCAGAAAAGAGACACCACUAAGUUUCUGGAUCAACUAUGUAAUUAGUCAGUUGUUCACUAUUAUUAAAUCAGACAAAACAAAAAAACACUUUCCACUAAAGACCUUUUCUGCCUGCUAUUGAAGACUUCCCAAUAGUAUGGACUACUGCAAAGAUGGGGAAUGGUCAAAUUGAAUGUGGUUUGGAAAUUCUUUUCAUUUUUUUUUUUUUUUUUUUGGUCAAUCUUGGCUCUCAGCUUUAAUCUAGUUUUUAUAAAUGUGUUCUCUGAGCAGGACGGAGGGAUGAUUUAAUCACAGGUUCGUAACACGUUUCUAAGCAAGCCUUUUGUCUCUAAUACAGUUAGAUAAGCAGAAUUCCGUGUGUCUAUGUGUGAUUGUGUAUUUAGAUGUCCAGGUCAGCUUGGCCUUAGAUCUACCUCAGAGUUGUAUCUGUUGUCUGAUUGGUCAGGUUGCAGGUCUAUCCUGUCCAGUCAGGUGUUAGAACACCGGCUCUGGAGCUGGUUUCAUGCAGAACUUCAUCUUUAAUGUGUCUGUCUUCCUCUAAUAAAACAUCUAAAUGUCUUUCUGUUGUUGGUUUUCAUGUUUGUUUGUUUUUUCACAUAAUAUUGUGACGAUUUGAGCUUGAUUGUGUGAAUUACUUCAUGUUUUUGUCCAGUUUCUUGCAGCAAAAGAGAGGCUUGUUUAUUUUUUCCUGCAUUUUUUUGUUUGUUAGGUUUUCCCAAAAAUCCAUAUGAACUCUGGAAAUUUCUGUUUGUUGUAGCCUCUUCACCUUUAGAGGCCUGAUCUGAACAACCAAAGUGAAAUUUUAUCGAGGUGCAAAGGAGCCAAUCAUAGUUACAUUGGAGAGAUACAGUUUCUUUAUUUCAGCUGUCAAAAUAAACGUUUUAGAACAGCAAUCCUUCACGCAGUAUGUCAAUACAGGACUGUUUAUAAAAUGUUGAAUUUUUUAAAAUUGUUUUAUUGAACAUAUGCCACUUGCCCGUCCAGAAAUGUAAAAAAAAAAAAAAAGAAAAGCUUUGUGCUCCUUUUCUAUUUUUCUCAAUUUUUUUAUUUUAUUUAAAUGUUUUUGGUUUUUUUAUUUCUGUUUUUUUUCUUUUGGGGAAAGAAAAAACUUUUUGAAUUAAAAGAGGUCAAACUUGU